AACUCAAUUUCCGGCGCGAGCAGAGCAAACAAUAUUACGACACAGCUUUCGGCUGAGCAACUAUCGCCAAUGAUGGCCGACAGCACCACAACUGAUACUUUGCGUCAAUACCUGCGACAUUGAAGCGUCUCCAAACUGUCCACCGGUUGGCCACGAGACCAUGCGGAGGGGCUGGUCGCUACUCUGCACCACUCGCAACGGAUUAGGCCUUUGGAGCUGUCAAUCCGGCCAGCUGGGAAUCCUCCCUGGUCGGGGAGCUCGGCGCUCGGCGCUGCACGCUGCAAACCCUGGCCGCACGCAUGCGAACCCCCCGCUCGCGGGGGCCGGCCUUGCCUGGCGCGCGAUUGGCGGCCAUGGCAGCCCUCCAAGCGAAGCCCAUGCCAGCGCCCGCAGCUACACCACCACCAACCACUACAGCACACAUGGUGUUAGCGGCGCAGCCAGGAUGGACGCCGCCGACGACGACGUUGCUGCUGCGGACGCCGCUCCGCCGGCGCUGCUGCUAGUGCACCCGCGGCAGCGUGGCGCAGAGGACAGAGAGGAGGCGCUGCGCCUGGCAGAGAGCCUUACAGGCCGGCCAUGCCCCUGUGUGGAGGUGGGGGGCGCCAAGCUGCGCACCCGCACCCUGACCCAGCCCCGCACCCCUCCCGCACCCGACCCAGCCACCAGCAGCUCUGGCAGCAGCAGAACUGACAGUAGCAGCAGUAGCACCGGCGACGCGCCGCCGCGCUCCCCGGCUGCCGCCUAUGAUGCCCUAUACCGGAGGCGGCGCGGCUCGACCGGCGGGGCGGUCCCCGUCACCGGCCACCGUACCACCUUCUUCGGCACCGGCAAGCUGAGAGCCCUGGCGGCGCAGCUAGACCUACUAGACGGCAGUAGCAGGGGCAUUGGCAGCGGCAGUAGUACUGGUAGUAGCAGUAGUAGCGGCAGUGGCAGUGGCGGGGACAGUGGUGGACGGAAGCAGGGGCUUGCGCCCAGCCACACUGCCGCAGCCUCCCGCAAUGCCACGGAGGAUCACCAACAGGAGCGUCCGGAGCAUCCGGAGCAGGAGUCGGCACGCCUCCUGGACGCGUCGCAGGCGCCGCCCCGGGUUGGCGGCCGCCCUGCCGGCGGCGGCGGCGGUGGCGGUCCUCGCACCCCUGCCUUCAUCAACGCCGUCCUGACGCCGCUGCAGGAGCGCAACCUGGAGGCGGCCCUGGGUCGGCCGGUGGUGGACCGCGUGGGACUCAUCAUCCGGGUGUUUGCGGCGCGGGCGCAGACGCGGGAGGCGCGGCUGCAGGUGGAAUUGGCGUCGCUCACACACCAGUUGCCGCGGCUGGUGCGCGCGCGUGGCGCCGACGGCCGCCGGGGGGCGUUCGGCGGAGAUUUGGUGGCAGGGCUGCUUGGCGGGGCGGGAGGAGGAGCGGGAGGAGGGGCGGGAGGAGGGGCGGGAGGAGGAGGAGGCGGCGCGGCGGUGGUCACACAGGUGGUCACACAGGUGGUCACACAGGUGGUCAGUGCUCGCCAGCGCGGAGCCAGCGGCGCAGGCGGCCUGGGCGGCGGCGGCGGCGCGGGUGACCCCGAGCUGCGGCGGCAGCGCUUCCGCAUCCUGCAGCGGGUGGCGGUGCUGAGGCGGCAGCUGGCGGGGGUGGCGGCGGCGAGGGACGUGCAGCGGCAGGGCCGCCGGGCCUCAGGCCUUCCCACGGUGGCCCUGGUGGGCUACACCAAUGUGGGCAAGACCAGUCUGGCGGUGGAGCUGGCGCCGCGCGGCUCCGGCCUGCCCGCCCCCGCGGACCGGCUGUUCGCCACGCUGGACCCCGCGGUGCGCCGGGCCUGGCUGCCGGGGGCCGCAGCAGCAGGAGGAGCCGGGGGAGGAGGAGCUGGAGGCGGCGGCGGUGGCGGAGGCGGCGGCGGCGGAGGGGCGGUGGCGGUGGCGGACACGGUGGGCUUCAUUCGUGACCUGCCCGUGGGCCUGGUGGCGGCGUUCAGGGCCACAUUGGAUGAAGCCGCCUCCGCCGACGUGCUGCUGCACGUGCUGGACGCCGGCAGCGGCAGCGCACAGCACGUAGCGGCGCAGCGCGACGCCGUGCUGGGCGUGCUGCGCCGGCUGGGCGUGUCGGAGCACGUGCUGCGCCACCGCACGGUCGAGGUCUGGAACAAGGUCGACCUCAUACCCAUUGACGUGGGGGAGGCUGUGGGUGCGGGUGCUGCGGGUGCGGGCGCGGGUGCUGUGGGUGUGGGUGCGGGUGCUGGCGCAGUGGCAGGAGCAGUGGUGAGCGGGUCGAGUGGCGGAGGCGGCGGAAGCUUUGGGGCAGGUGGCUUGGAGGCGCGGACGGAGGAGGAGGCGGGGAGUUUGGGGGCAGCGGCCGCGGAGGGCGAGGCGACUGAUGACGACAACGACGGCGAGGCGGAGGGAGCUGGGGAGGUGGAGUGGGAUGAGGAGGCAGAAGACGAGACGAACGAGGAGGCGGAGGGUGGUGGUGUGGCUUGGCUGGAUGAGGCGGGCCAUGCGGGUCGGGAGUGGGAGGAGGACGAGGCGGAGGGCGACUGGCCCAGACUGGAGGACGAGGAGGGGGAGGAGGAGGAGGGGCAGGAGGGCCAGCUAGGUGGGGGGGCACCACCGCACACAUCCGGGUCUGGAGGCACCGGCGCGGGCGGAGUCAGUGGCGGUGCCGGCGCUGCAGAGCUGGUGGGCGCGCCGGUGCUGCCGCCUGCCAGGCCGCCCGCGCGGCGGCUGUUUGCUGGGGCAGCACCAGGUGGGGAACCGGCGCCGCCGACGCCACCGCUGGCAGGGAGCAGCAGCAGCGACACGCCGCCGCCGCUGACGACACCCGGUUGGCGACGGCUGCACAGCAGCGGCGCCGCCAGCAGCAGCAGCAUCAGUGGUGGUAGCGGCGGUGAAGACGACGGCAGGUGGGCCCGGCAGCUGGCGGCGGCGGCGGCGCUGGUGGAGCGAGUGCAUGCGGCAGGCGGCGCGGUGCCGGCGGCGGUGGUGCUGGCGGCGGUGGCGGCGGGAGAGGGCGUGGCGGAGGUGCGCUCAGCCCUCGCCGCAGUGCUGGCCCGGAGCAGCGGCGGUGGCGGCAGCAGCGGGCGCGACAAUAACGCCACUGAUGCCGCAAGGGCGGCGGCGGCGGCGACGGCUGGCGCCGCUCCUGCCGAUCCAGAUGGCGGCGGCGGCAGCGGCGUGUGGGUUUCACCUAGCCUCUGGCUGUCGCACGACGUGCUGAGGGGAGGAGGAGAGGUUGCCGGGGGCGGAGGUGUGGGUUUGGCCGCAGGCGGCAGCCGCAACCACGGGGCUGCCGCUGCGGGUACUGCCGCAGGCCCCACACCACAGCAGCAGCAGCAGCAGCAGCAACCCGGCUCGUCGACACACGGGGGCCGUAUGGGUGCUGUUGCGACUGCCAGCGGCGGCGCCGCCACAUCAUGGCACGAGCCAGCGGCGCCGGCGCCAUCUCCUACAGCAGGCCGGAGGCAGCAGCAACAGCAGCAGCAGCAGCAGCAGCAGCAGCAGCAGCAACAACAGCAGCAGCAACAGCAGCAGCAGCAGCAGCAGCAGCAGCAGCAGCAGCAACAGCAGCAGCAGCAGCAACAGCAGCAGCAGCAGCAAUUCCGUGGGAGCCGAGGCGCCAAGCAGCAGCCACAGGCGGCGGGGCUGGAGCCGGAUGGCGAGGAUCUCGAGGAGCUGAUUCGGUUCCUGAGGAGGCGGAAGCCACGGGAGUAGUGCCAGCGGUGUAGAGCAGGGUGAGGGGCAGUCGAUGUAAAAGGAGAAGGAGUCGAGUGGGGAGUCGAGAGCAAACACUGGUGGCAAGGUGGGGCGGGCAUUGUGCUUAAGUGGGGGGAGGCGCGUGGGGAAGGCGCAAGUGCGGGCGAUGGCUUCAGGCUUCGGUGGGUUGGCAAGGCAGAUGGGGGCGGCCAAUCUGCUCAGUGUUUCGUGCGUCGCUGAUAUGCAUGUCAACGUUCAUGAUU